GAAGUACUUCAUUAAUAUUGUUAGCUUCACUCGUAGUUACCACUAAACGUCAACAAUAUCCCAGAAAACUCUGACAGCCGAAUAACAAUUAGCAAAAUAAAUAUGGACGACGACGUGUUGACAACUUUGAAAAUAUUGAUAAUUGGGGAGAGUGGUGUAGGAAAGUCAAGUCUUCUUCUAAGAUUCACAGACGAUACUUUUGACCCAGAACUAGCAGCAACCAUAGGUGUGGACUUCAAAGUUAAAACAAUUGCAGUGGAUGGGAACAGAGCAAAGCUUGCCAUCUGGGACACAGCAGGACAGGAGAGGUUCAGGACCCUGACGCCCAGCUACUACCGCGGUGCCCAGGGCGUCAUCCUGGUGUACGACGUCACCAAGCGGGACUCGUUCACCCGGCUGGAGAACUGGCUGAACGAACUGGAGACCUACUGCACGCGCAACGACCUGGUCAAAAUGCUGGUCGGGAACAAAAUCGAUCGAGAGGAAAACCGUGAAGUUGACCGAAACGAAGGCCUUAAGUUUGCAAGGAAACACUCUAUGCUUUUUAUUGAGGCCAGUGCUAAAACAAGGGACGGAGUCCAGUGUGCCUUCGAGGAGCUGGUGGAGAAGAUCCUCCAGACCCCUGGGCUUUGGGAAAGCAACGCCCAGCCUAGGGGUGUCCAACUGGCUGACGAAGAGCAUCACAGAGCGGGGGGCUGUGGAGGGUACUGCUCCAUACCAUAAACCGGAACCAACCCCAAAAACAAACGGCGACCACGAAAUCAGAGACUGAGAAGGAUAUCAAGAGUCCGCUAAUACUGUGUGUUCCGAAACACAGGAAGGUGUCGUCCGCACCUUCACAUGUCUCGGUCAAAGGGACUUUGCAGUUUGCACACUUCCUGUUCCUCCUGUCCGUUGUCAUAAUAUGUUAUGUCCUGUUCAGAACAUGGUUGGUGUUGAUCAUGUAGAAAAACAUCACAGUGGGGUAUUACAUUGUUUUAGCUGUCAAGCUUGUUAAACACACCAAGUCACUUGCAUAUGGUCUUUUUGAAUCUCUGUAACUGGAUUGUGUUUUGAAUCUCUUCUCUAAAGUAUAAUCAGAAAAUUAUGAUCACUACAUUUUGUUGAAUACCUACCAGGUUACGCCAUGAAUACCCUUGCUAGUUAUGUCAAUUGCUUGGCUUGAUAAAAGAUCUGCAUGCCUUAACUAUGGUUACGAUAGGACCACUGGGAUUGCGGGGAGAUUGGAAGGGGAGACCUGUGAUGAAGGGUGGGUUCUAGAACUUUCUCAUUUUGUCUUGGAAUUUGUUUGUUGGGAUAUGACCCUCCGUUAGCACUUCAUAACAGCUGACAUAAGCAUUAAUCAACGCACUCCCAAAGAAAGUGUAAUGUUAUAGACUUUAGUAUACAUGCAUUUAACGUGGAAGUCGUAUGUGCACUGCUUGGUUAGUGUUUCCAGUGUUAAUCACCUGUUUGCCUUCAAAUUAGUAUUUUCUUCCUCUCCCAUUGUAUUGACUUGGUCGUAUUGUUUUUCUUUUUCAAGCUGCUUAUAUUUAUACAAUACGUUCUUCCGCUGUUUAUUUUAUCUUGGUACAUGAAAUGCAAUAUGUUUUGGCAAUUACAGUCUAUGUAGCUGUUUUCUGAAGUCAAUUGCGCUAACAUUUUAAAGAGGAAAGAAAUGUUACAAAACUGCUUCGUAUUAAAGCUGUUGCAAUAAAAAUAAUAUGUUUUAUUCACAGAAGCUUUGUUUCUUUCUGACCUACCGGGCUGUCAAGCAAACAGGCGUUCUAAGGAAAUGGGCCUAGAUAAAUGGUGGUGAUGGUUGGAAACCUGUUUGAGAGAUGUCAGCUGGAUUCCGUAGUGCUGUUGUGUGAGUCCCAGAGUGUUCUCUCGUGCUUGUUCAACAGCCCUGCCCGGUCAAAUGGUCCAGUCUUAGAUAUAACACACUGAAUCAUCUCUUAGGUACGUGCACAGACUUGCCACCAAGACCUGUCAUUCCCACGAUUGAGUGUUGGGCCAUUAUGUCUGAAGUAGAAUAUAUGGAAUCCGUUGGUUGACUUUGCCGUUGUCCGCUUCCGCUGUUCAGCGUAUUUUACCUUUUUGUCUGACCUGUUUCAGUGGGCAUGUUUGUCAUUCAUUAAACCGAUUAUGAAUAUCAAUGCCUUAACAUUUUACAAUGUCUGGUCUACUUGAACAUUCAAACCUAAAUAAAAGACAAUCUGAACAGUU